UUUUUUUUUUAUUUUUUAUAUUUUUAUUGUUAUUAUUAUUACAUUAUAAAUGAAGAGAGGAUACGAACAAGAAUACGACUCAAAUAAAAUAGUGAAAAGAAAUUAUGCUGACAAUGCUUCUUCUGUCGCUAAACACUAUAAUGAUAGACCUGACAUGGGUAUCGAAAAAAGAAGGGAAUCUCCCAUCAUUCGUUUACGUAGCUAUAAUAACUGGGUCAAAAGUGUUUUAAUUCAACGUUAUAUAAGACCGAAUCAAGUAGUUCUCGAUCUUGGUUGUGGUAAAGGAGGGGAUUUGAUUAAAAUGGCAAAAGCAAGAAUUCGACAUUUAGUAGCAGCAGAUAUUGCAGAAGUCUCAUUACAGCAGAUGAAAGAACGUUAUAAAGCAUUAAGAGAUCGUACUUUUACUGCUGAAUUCUAUCCAAUGGAUUGUUAUCAAGAAUUACUGGCUCCCAAGUUAAAACCUGAAUUACAAUUCGAUACAGUUUCAAUGCAAUUUUGUCUUCAUUAUGCAUUUGAAACGGAAAAAAAAGCCCGUAUUAUGCUUAACAAUGUAUCAAGUAGACUUCGUAAAGGAGGUCAUUUUAUUGGUACAAUACCCGAUGCUAACUGGAUUGUGAAAAGAGUCAGGGAAGAACCUAUUGGAUCAUUUGGAUUUGGUAACUCUAUUUACAGUAUUACCUUUGAUACUAUUCAAGAUGAUGAAAAAAAGAUAAAAACUGGAUUUACACCUUUUGGUUGUAAAUAUAUGUUUCAUUUGGUAGAUGCUGUUGAUUGCCCUGAAUAUUUAGUUCAUUUCCCAACAUUUGAAAAGUUAGCAAGUGAAUAUGGUUUACGACUUUUAUUCAAAGAAAAUUUCCAUCACUUUUAUCUUUCUUCUUCUAAAAACCCUGAAUAUUCAAAACUUUUACAAAGAAUUGGUGUCAUUGGAGGUAGAUUACCUGAGAUGACAAAGGAAGAAUGGGAAGGAGCUGGCAUUUAUUUAGCAUUUGCAUUUGAGAAAAUAAAAUAGAUCCUUAUUUUCUUUUAUUUUUCUUUUAUUUAUUUUUAUUUAUUU